GUUGUUAUUUUACCUUAGAAAUACUCGCAAGUAAUAUCCUACCAUCAAUUUCAUUGUCACGGUCAAAAUUCAUGGUCUAGUAUAUUCGUUUACUACAAUAUGUGAUACCGGUAUAAAAUUUUAAGUAAUUUUCGCUAUUAUUGAAUCUAUCAUUAAAUUACACGUAUAAUUAUAAAGUUUUUAUGAUGUCACCGGACAUGAAACAAUUCAGAGCUCCAAGAAAACAUAAGGAAACUAGUUGUGUAAAAAGCAUUAGGUAAUUUAGAAAUUUUGUGAGUAUUAUCUAUUGCUAGUAGAUAAAUAUCUUGCUAUAAUAAAAGUACAAUUUUAAGAGGAUUACCGACUUUGACCUGUUAACUUGUUAAAUGCUUUUGAAUUUACAAUGGCAUCUAAACAAAGUCCAGCUAAAGUCACACUGGGAAUGAUGAAAGGAAAACCAAUCACUACAUCUGUACCUGUUAUUAAAUAUCAUGCUAGUGAUGAUGAACUUGAAGAAUUAUAUCCAAGUACUGAUGAAAGCAAACCAAAGAUGUCUGAAUCAGCAAAAACGUCACCAAGAUCAAGUCCUUGCAAAACUCCGAAAUUAAAGUCUGGUGGAAAUGAAAGUGAUGAAGAAAAUUCUGAAAAAAGAUCUUCAAGCUUUGAUUUAUCAGAAGGUACACCACCGUCCGAUCCUUGGAAAGUUUUGUCAGAAAUAAGAGGUAAAAUUACAAAAACAUUUGAAGAAAAAUUAUCGGAAAUUAAAAAUGAUAAAAAGAGUAAAAAUAGAAGUCGAGAAAAUUCUAGUGUGAGUGAUAUAGAAGAUUUAGGAGACAUUACUCCAACUGAAGAUUCAACACCGGAAAAAGUUGAAAUGGAAUCAUCUUCACCAUCAAAGAGCAAGAAAAGUCAUUCGCGGUUUAGAUUUUCUAGUAUAAAAACGGGAUUAAAAGCAAAAAAUCCACCGGAUGAAAGUAUCGAAAGUGGAGUAGAAGCGGCAGAAUUAGCUGAGAUUGAUUCAUCUCAAUCGAUAGAUUCAAAAGGCCAAGAAAUUUCAGAAGUUUCAAGUUCAUGUACAGUUCAAAAUUCAGUAUAUACUCAAUUAUUAGACUCGAAAACUGAACAAACCAAAGAGCAUUCAACCAAACCACAAAAGAUAUUUUCUGAAUUGAAAUCUUAUUUAAUAUCUCGAGGAUUUGGUCUGUUGUUUUUUAUGGGAAUAUUUUUUUAUUUUAUACCGUUAUUAACUUUAAUCCCAGGAUUAUUUGCUGGAGGAUGUUUAAUGUUUGGAUUGCAAAAAAUGUAUAAUCGCAUUUCAGAAGCUAUUACAAUGCCAGUAGAAAUCGAAAGAAAUACGGAGUCUAUACCAGUUGUUGAAAUUCCAGCUGUCAAAGAACAUGCUGUUGUUGAUAAAUUUGAGGGAUGGUUAAAUGAAUUGCCAUAUAAUUACGAUCCAGAGAAUUAUCAUGUAGCACGAACAAACUCGGUUUAUUUUAAGCUUGAAGGAGAAUCAUUGAGGGUGAUGGAAACCAGAACGCGAAUUCCUAAGCGAGCAGUUUGGAAUGAGCCACAACCAACAGCAAAAUUUACGCGAAAGAGAGUCUACUCUCUAGCAGGAGCUAAAGUUGAAUUAUUGCCGGAGGGACUAACUCGUAAACGGCGAUGGAGCAAAAAAUACCCCAUAUGUGUGACAUUUGCACCAGAGGGAUUAGUUGAGUCUAUCGCGCUUGAGAUUCCUUCCGACGAUGAUCUUCAAACAGAGGCGGAAAGAGAGAAAGUGAUACUUGAAGAGGAUGAAACAGAUGAGGAUACAUCUCUUUCAAAAGACAGCAAAGAUGUAUAUGAAGAUUGUCGAGAUGAGGAUGAUGAUGAUGAAGAAAACCUAAGAAUAAAAAUCUUUAUUUUUGGUAGAACAGAUAGACAGAAAGAAGAUUGGUAUAGACGACUAGUUCUAGCAACGAGAUAUUCUACUAAACGGAACUCGAUACCGUCCACGAAGGAACUAACAUCAUCAGCCAGUUCUUUAUCUUUAUCUCAAACUUCGGGAGAGGGUAAAAAUUCAACCGCAACACCAACUGCCGCCGAUAUUCCCAUUGAAUUAUCGUACAAUUCUUAUAUGUCACGAUAUGCUGAUACUUCUACGUCAACGAUAGAUUCUAACGCUUCAUUAUCAGACAACGAUGGUCUAUGGCUCAAUGCACUUUUAGGUCGUAUUCUUUUCGAUAUGCACAAAUGUCCAGAUAUGAUAAAUGUCAUUCAAGAUAAAAUUCAACGAAAGCUUUCAAAUAUAAAAUUACCAUAUUUUAUGGAAAGCUUGAUGAUAUCGGAGCUUGUGAUAGGACAAGGAGCACCAUUUAUUCACAAAGCUACAAAACCGGUAGUAGAUGAGCGUGGAUUAUGGGUUGACUUGGAUAUCACAUAUGAAUGCGGAGUAACAAUGACUGUAGAAACCAAAUUGAACCUUAUGAAAUUAACUAAAGCAGGUUCAGUUGCUCAAACUACUAAUGAUAAUGGCGCAUCUGAUAAGCCCACACCUGCCAAAUCUCCUAUGUUCGAUAGUGAUAUAGAAGACAGUCCAGAAACGUCUACAGAGGACGAUGAAAGCAUAAAUAUGCCAAGCAAUACCUCUAGAGAAUCAACACCAACACAGUCGUCAGGAAAGAAGUUUCUUAAUAUGGUCGAUAAAUUAGCAGCAAAUAAAUAUUUUCAGCAUGCCACUGAGUUGACUUACGUUCGUAGGGCGAUGGAAGGAGUUUCGAAUACAGAGAUUCGAUUGUCAGUAAGUGUGUCUAGUAUAGAAGGCUGUCUAUCGGUAAAUAUCCCUCCGCCACCUUCUGAUCGUCUUUGGUAUGGAUUUAAACCAAUACCAAAAAUAAGUCUGGACGCUCGUCCAGCAGUUGGUGAACGAGCUCUCAAUAUUGGAUAUCUUACGAAUUGGAUAAAGACCAAAUUGUUGAAAGAAUUUGACAAGGUCGUAGUUUUACCAAAUAUGGAUGAUUUAGUGAUACCACUCUGUCCAAAUUAUCCAUAUCAUACUUCACAAUAACGAUUUAAAUAACGAAAGAUGCAUCAACAUCUACUUCAUUGUUAUUACAUAUUUAAGAAAAAAAGCAUAAAGCCUGUGUCUUUGAAUGUCGUUGCCUACGUGUGCUUAUUUAAAUUCAAAUUAUUUAUGUUCAAUAUAAUAAUUUAUCAAUAUUUAUCACUUAUUUUGAUCUUUAAUUUAUUUAAAUAUUCAAUAGUUUAGAUAAAUUUUUAACAACUUUUUCUAUGUGAUACUAUUACUAAUCAUUAUGUAUAUCUAAAAAACAUUAACUCUUAAUUUGAAUGAAAUAUUAAUGGUUGUGAGAAUUUUCCCAUUUUUUGACACUUUCGUAAGAUAAAAACAUUUAAUUAAUUAUUGAUAUAUUUAUUUUUUAUGGAUGGAAUGCCAUAAAUUCAAAUUGCGAAUUAAUAAACUAAUAACGUACUAGCUAUUAUUAAAAUAAUCAAUGAAAUGAUUCAGUGAACAUGUGAUGAAGUUUCAGAUAUAAUUGAUCAUCGAAUAUGUGUAUUGCAAAAAUAUUUAGUUUCUUUUUUAUACCAUUUUUUGCAACUACUCGUUUUUCAUUUCUAUCCAGAUUUAUAGUAAUAUAUAUUUUUUACUCUAAUUUUAUUCCUGCUAGUCAUUUUAGGCAGCAGCUUUUGUGUUUUAUAGAUGUGAUUAUAUAAUUGUAUUAGAUAACAAUAAUAACAAAAAGAAAAACAAUAAUAACGUUGAAGAUAAUGAUAGCAGAAUAUUAAAUUUUGCUGGACCAAUCAGUGAUAAAUGCUAUUAAAAACAUUAGCUAGAUAAAAUAACGCCAAAGGUAAAAAAGAAAAAUAAGCCAAGAUAAAAAAAAAUAUAUAAAUGUCAUGUGGUAUGCGGAAUGAUAAUAAUAAUUGUCGGGAAAUAUGACUAUGUUUUCUUUCACUAUUGUAUGCAUAUAUGAGAACUUGGAGAUUCACGUACUACAUAAUUCUUUCGACAAUGGAUUUCAAUGAAGAAGAAGGUGUUGUGCACUCUCAAUUAAAAUAUUACUGUUUUCUACAAGAUUUCUCGCCUUCUUCAUGUGUGUUUUCCAUGUAUUUGUUAUAAAAUUAAUAAAACAUUAUAUAUUUGUUGAGAAUAUGA